AUGAGACUUCGACUUCGAAAUAAAGACCAAGUACACAUUAUCACUAGUUUGAACGAGAAAUCGAAAAUGAUAGAAUUAAGACAAGAAAUUCAACGAAUCAACGGAGUUUCACCAGCAUAUCAAGAGUUGAAAACAGGAUUUCCUCCAAAAGUAUGCGGUGCUAAUGAUGAAGUAACAUUAGAGUCAGCAGGAAUACAAAAUGGAGAUCUUAUUCUUCUUACAGAUUUAACACCACCACCAACUGCUGCUGCUGCUAUUACUAAUAGAAAUUUGAAUUCAUCGAAAAUUACCGCUACUGGUGAUGAUUCUACUACUAUGAGUAAAGAUGCCGUUAUAUCGUCUCCAGUAGAAAAUGGUUAUGCUGUUCUAAGGGAAAUGGCAGAUGAUAAUUCAUGUUUAUUCCGUGCAAUUGAAGAUUUUUGUUAUAAAAAAAAAUUUUUUUUUAAGAAAAUAAAAAAAAUUAAAAGCAUUUUUAAAAAUAAUAAAAGCUAUGUACUGGAAAAUUCUUCAGAAGUUGCACAGAAAUUAAGACAGAAUCCUGUAACUUAUUCUGACAUUAUCUUGGGAAAAUCACGCAAUGAGUAUUGUAAAUGGAUUGCACAGAAGAAUAGUUGGGGAGGUGCAAUAGAAAUUCGUAGCGUAGAUGUAGGAACAGGAAGAAUUGAUAAAUACGAUUAUGAUGCAGUUGCCUUAACUCCCAUGAUUAGUGCUGAUAAAGAUUAUGAUCAAACAAUUUUUGAAAUUUCUGACCAAUCAAUUCUAAAUGGAGCAAUUAGCAUUGCAAAUAAAAUGAAAAAGCUUCACAAGUAUACAUAUACAGCGAAUUUUACUUUAAGGUGUGGUCAAUGUGAAAAAGGAUUAGUGGGUGACAAGGAGGCAGUACAACAUGCUAAAGACACAGGUGGUUCCAUGGCACUUUCUCAAUUGGACGAGUUGGAGGAAUGCCUUUCCAUCCGCGAGACGGACGACUUGCCAUACGAGGAUUAA